AUGAGAAUUCUUACAUUAUUAGUAUUGUUAUUUGUAGCAACUUGUAGCGGUGUCAAGAUUAAAACACCAUCAAGAUCAUCUUUAAACAUUCCAAAAUCAUUUGGUGAAGUCAGAACCCCAGAAUGGGAUUUACUCGAUACUUUCUUACAAGAAGGUGUUGAAAAUGGUACUUUCCCAGGUGCAGUUGCAUUAAUUGGUAAUAAAAAUGGUAUUUUAUAUUCAUCUGCCAAAGGUAGCUAUACAUAUGGUAUUCCAACCCCAAACAACCCAAACUAUAACCCAGCAAUGCAAUUAUCUACACUAUUUGAUAUGGCAAGUUGUUCAAAAGUUACAGCAUGCACAACUUCAGUUGCACAAUUUUAUCAAAGAGGUGAAUUAAAUUUAGAUGCACCAAUUACUGACUUUUUAGGUGAUGAAUUUGGUGUUAAUGGUAAAGAAGGUAUCACUGUUAGAAAUUGUUUAUUACAUAACUCUGGUUUUUUCCCAGAUCCAAACCCAUUUUGGAAUACCCCAGAAUUUGGAUGCCCAGCAACAGCAGAUUAUAAUCCACCAUUAGAAUUUACAUGCCAAAACAAAAUUUAUAAUAAUAUUUUAAAUCAAACAUUACAAAACCCAAUUGGUUCAACAUAUGUCUACAGUGAUCUUAACUUUAUGACUUUAAUGUAUGUUGUUGGUAAUUUAGUUAAAGAUUUUGGAUAUAUUAAUGCCAACCAACUUGCACCAGUUGUGAUAACGGUGGUCCAGAGAAUGCCCAAUGCUACUAUGAAGCUUACGUUAGAGAAUAUGUAUUUGUUAAUCAAUGUGCUCCAACUGAAAAAAGACCCCCUUUAUAUGCAUCCUACAAUUCAAAGUGUUGUAUCUGAUGGUAAUGCUUAUGCUUUGGGUGGUAUCAGUGGUCAUGCUGGUGUUUUUUCAAAUGCCGAAGAUAUGUGGACCUUUAUGUACACCUUAAUGUUCAGCUCCUCAGAUUCUCAAUAUCUCAAUAGUACAACCGUUGAAUAUUUCACUACCGAAUAUAAUCACACUCAAAGUUCAAGAGCUUUAGGUUGGAAUACAAAUGACCCAACAGUUAACGAUGAGGGUUGGGGCUUAGCAUGUGGUUCACUUUCUUCAAAAACUUGGAUGCAUUUAGGCUACACUGGUACAAUGUUAUGUGGAGAUCCAGAACGUGAAUUAAUUCUUAUUUUGCUCACAAAUAGAGUUUACCCAGAUCCAAGCAAUACAAAAAUUUCAAAUUUCAGAAGACCAUUUUCAACAUUAGCACAAAAAAUUUAUGAUAGCACCGUAGGUUACAGUACUGAUUAA